GCCGAUAGCUUCCGAGUAGCUCGGUAACCUUGGCAACAAGACAUUUGCGGAGGCCGUUUUGGCCGCUCGAUCCGGCAUGGCGGAGGUGAAGGCCCGACCGAUCUCAUCCUUCCCAGUGGCUUUAGACCUUCCAAAAGUUCGCUCAGGAAAAGUGCCAGAACUACCCAUUCUGGAGAAAAGGAACUGGCUGAUACACCUGCACUACAUCCACAAAGACUAUGAUGCGUGUAAGAUUGCUAUAAAAGAGCAACUUCAGGAGAGCCAUGGAAUGUGCGAAUAUGCAAUCUAUGUUCAAGCUUUGAUAUUCCGCUUGGAAGGGAAGAUUCAAGAGUCACUGGAACUUUUCCAGACGUGUGCUAUUCUCAGUCCUCAGAGCGCAGACAAUCUCAAGCAGGUGGCUAGGACGUUGUUUCUUCUGGGGAAGCACAAAGCAGCCAUUGAAUUGUACACUGAUGCGGCCAGACUCAACAAGAAGGACUGGGAGAUUUUCCACAACUUGGGCAUCUGCUACAUGUAUCUGAAACACUUCAACAAGGCGAAAGACCAACUGAACACCGCUCUGGAGCUGAACCGGCAUGACUUGACGUACGUGAUGUUGGGGAAGAUUCACCUGAUGGAGGGGAAUACGGAGAAGGCCAUUGAAGUGUACAAGAAAGCAGUGGAGUUCUCUCCUGAAAACACGGACCUGCUGACGACCCUGGGCUUGCUCUACCUGCAG